AGCACCAAAACAAACGCGACAAGCUGUGGGCAGUUAAAUAAAAAACUGUUUAAAUGAACAGUCAAUGAUAAUUACAUAAAUAAACAUAUACAGCUACAUUUAUUUCCAGAAAUGGAAGAACAAAAUAGAGUUAACCUGCUGUGGAGCUGCGCCAAGGAGUUAAGCACGCAAACACACGCCGAGCGCCUGCUCAAAUCAUACUACAUCAAUGUCAGCCGCAAGCUGGCCCGGCAUAAUGUCCAACUGCCCGAGGACAGCGUGGGCCCGGCUCGCAUGUGCGCCCGUUGCGGCAAUCAAUGGUGCGACGGCAACUAUGAACUGCACUUGCGGCCGCAGCGUUUGCUGGACAAUGCCAAACGACGUAGGCUGAUCGCCCAGCUGGACGCGGUCAAGGCCAAACAGCAGCGGGGCAUGCUGAGCACCGGGGCCAGAAAGCGCGCCAAUUGGCUGAAGAAGCGCAUGGCCAGCCAUGUGGCUGUGGACUGCGGGUUUUGCGGGCACAAAACCAUGUUGCCGCUGGAAAAGCCCAAGAAACGCGCUAAAUCCGAACGAGUUGAAACAAUGGCAACAGCGGCAGCAUCAGCAACAACAACAACAACAGCUGCAGCGCCCGCAACGGGCAAGCGAAAAAAGAAGCACACAAAUAAAGACGUCAGUGCUGGGCUGAAGAUUCCAAUGCCAACAGCCCAAGUCCAACAAAAACAAAAGGCGCCGAGAGCGCCCACAACAACAACGGCAGCAAAAAAAGCAACAACAACAACAACGACGACGACGACGACGGGCCAAAGCAACAAACAGAAGAAGAAAUCGAAAGCAGCGCCAACGCCCGCCGUCAGCAAUCCGCAAAAAAUGCAAUCGAAGACACAAAAGCAAAACGCGCUGCUGCAGCUGGCAGCGCAGUUAAAAACGCACGCGUCGCAAAACGCCAAUAAAACGCAACAGAAUCGCCUGCAAGCGCUGCUCAAGUAAAAGUUCGCACAAAAUUAAA